AUGGAGUAUUUUGGUUGGGAUUAUAUGUUCGAAAGGUGGAAAGAUUUGUGGUUAACUUCACUAUACGUUGAGAAUCUUGAAGAGAACAUGAGUGAUGAAGAUCUCUACGAUUUGUUUUCCGAGACGGCUUAUGUGGUCCGUACUCAUAUCUGCAGGGAUCCUUCGACCUAUGUUUCUUGUGGCUAUGGUUACGUUUUCUUUGCUAAUAACAAUGAUGCUGAAAAAGCUCUAUUGAAGCUAAACUUUGUUACUUUUAAGGGAAGGUCCAUUAGAGUUAUGUACUACGGCCAAUAUCUAAGUCUUAACGGAGUUGGUAAUAUAUUUAUCAAGAAUCUUGAUAAAUCUAUCGAUCACAAAGCACUUCAUAAUAUAUUUUCCGGGUAUGGACUCAUUGUUAGAAGCAAAGUAGCUUCUGAUGCCUCUGGUCAAUCUAAAGGUUUUGGCUUUGUUCAAUACAACACUGAAGAAUCAGCUCACAAGGCCAUAGAACAUAUGAAUGGAAUGGUUCAUAACGAUACGAAGGUAUCCGUUCGACCUUUUAGUCAAAGAGAUUGUCAAAGCGUUAAAGAAAUAUUUGUCAAUGUUGUUGUCAAAAAGAUCCCCAAAUGUAUGACUGAAACAGAAUUGAACACAAUUUUUCAAAAGUUUGGACCGACGACGAGUUGUGUGAUCAAGAUAAAUGACCAAGGAAAGUCGAAAAGGUUCGGCUAUGUUAAUUUUGUGAAUCCAAAAGAUGCAGCUAGAUCUGUCAAGGCUUUGAAUGGGAAGAAAUUUGGUUACUACAAGAAGUGGUAUGUUGCGAAAUCGAAAGAGAAGUAUGAUAUGGCAUUAGUAAUCAAGAGACGUUUGAAGAGUAUCGCCGAAAGAUCUCACGGUUCGAACAACUUGUGUGUCAAGAAGCUGGAUAUAACCAUAAAUGAUGAAAUCCUCAAGGAUUUUUUUUCACCUUAUGGAACUAUACUACUAUGCAAGGUUAUGAGAGACUCAAGUGGAGUGAGUAAAGGAUCAGGUUUUGUUACGUUUUCGAAACCUGAAGAAGCUUCUAAAGCUAUUGAGGCGAUUAAUAGAGAAAUGAAUAUUACAAAACAAGUUUAUGUGGAUCUAGCCAUAGCACUUACAUAUGCGAGCCCUGAACAUCAGAGAACGAUGCUUCGUGAGAAUCUGUACCACCGUGUUGAGCAACUGGAGCCUCAUUCAGCUGCAAAGAUCACUGGAAUGAUCCUCGAAAUGGACCACGAUGAAGUACAUCACUUGUUGGAAUCACAUGACUCCCUCAAAUCUAAAGCCAAGGAGGCUAUGGACGUCCUGAGGACUGAGCAACAACUCCGGUGA